CAAUGGAAAGUGCAGAGUUAAAUUAUUGUGAAAACAAAGUAAAGAUGCCGAAUAUGAUGAUUCUAUUCACCAUCUAACGAUAUCUGGUUAGAUGAUUUAACAGCGUUGGUGAUGAUUUGUGAAGAAGAAGUAAAAAGAUGGCUAAAUAUUUUCCAGAAAUCUUCUGAGGAAAGUGAAUCCAGCGAAAGAGAUCGGAGAGCGUUAGACAGCUUGGAUGAUCUAGUAUCAUUCUUGAAUCAACUGAAAGAAUUCAUCGAAAAAAAGGGACACCCUAGAGCCGUUCUCCAUGAGAUACCAAGUGUUGGGAAACUUCUUGGAAUGUUGGCCCAAAAUUAUAUUAUGCAAUGCUCAGAGGAAGCAGUAAAAAUCGUUUUCCACUGUAUUAUGUCCCUGGCUUCUGCCGGAAAUGCAGCUGACAGUGCUACACGUAAGACCAUUUCCUGGGCACAGUCCCAGAUUAGGCAYAUGGUGAGCCCAAGUCCAAUGUGUCCAUCUUCUGUUCUUUUAAUCGGYCAGUAUAUUGGAAAUACGGCAACAGAAACAACUCAAAUAAUGAUUGAGAAGGUUGUUGACUCGAUUUGUUAUGAUUUGAUGAAACAUGAUGGAACGAAAUGGAGCACUCCAGCCAAUGAUGUAGUUCCCAGUUUGAAACACCAAGGACUCACUUUAUGGACUUUAUCUGAGAUGUGUGUGCCAUUGGUGUCCAAACCUGUAGUCAAACCCCUGGUUGAAAGCCUUUUAGUUGCAGGAAAUGCAACAACUGACUUGAUUUGCAGUUCCAGCGACUAUCAGAUGGUUGACUGCUUAUCUCCAAGGUUUCUUUCAUCUGUCACAGAAUUGACACGUCAGAAAGCGAUAAACUUCACAAUUAAAGGAUUUGGUGUAAAGCAUACUCUAUCCUACCAGUCACUGACCAACCUAUGGCGCCGUUACCAGCCCAGCUUUGAGAACCAGAUUUUUGAUCUCGUGGARGCAGUAGUUCUACGUUAUCCAGAUGCCUCAAAUAAUGAUGUCAAGAUCGUCAUUGAGACCAUAUACUUGGCCAGAGCAUGCAGGGAUUAUGAAGAACUUUUCUUGGUAGCAAUACAAAUCGUCUAUUCAUUUGGUCGCAGUUCACCUCAAAACACAAGACUUACUUUACUUCUGAAUUUACUUAAGGAAUCCAUAGCGAGGUCAUCAGUCGCAGUGGAGAUAGCACAGUGACCUUUAAAUAAUUGAAACCCUAACGCCUUGGAGUUGGAGGACGCAAAGUUUUAUUGAAUGGAAGCAUGUUUUUCUUUGUAUUCUUUAUUUUUCUCGUGUGUCACGCAGCACAAAGUCAAGAAUCAGAUUUCUACGUUUACCAUUCGUUUCAAGCUCUCGCUUCUUCGUCUAUUAUAAAGGUUUUGAAAGUACAAGGACAGUUGAAAUGUGCUUUAUCGUGUUCAGGUUUAUCUGGCUGUCACUCUUUUAACUUCGCACACGAGAAGGACUCGGAAGGUAACCAUGUUUGUCAACUGUUGCCCAACGACAAGGGAAUUAAGACGUUGGAAAGAAGCGACGUAUUUCACUACUACGAAAAGUUUAACCCGGUAAAACGUAACAUUUUCACUCAUAAAUUACAUCACGUUUUCAUGUCACUUUUGUAUAACAAUUUUAUUACAAGAAUGCAGUUUUUUUUACACUUGAAAGACUUACAAAUACCAUUAACAGCAUUAUGAUAUUAUUACUCUAAUCUUUGCAAAGUAAACUGACAUAGUUUUUUGAAUUUCCCUCGCGCUCUAUUAUGAUUUUCAAUACCCUAAUGAUGGAGAAUUAUCUUCAAAAGCUUGGUUUAGAAAAAAGUAUUACGUGGUCGAUAUAAAACAUCUAUAAAACAUAGUUGCUUCAAUUUAUUCUUUUUAUGACUAAUGAAUUUUGGUUGAAAGCUAAACUGAUAAGUUUGUAGCAAACCUGUGCAAAUAAAUACUCAAUCAYAUUCCAAUUAUUGGGGAUAUACAAUUAAUUUCAGGGCAUAUUUAUGAUUUUCCCAAUAUAUAAUUCUAUUAUUACUGAAACAUUGCCUUUUUUAAACUAAUAAAUCCUCUCAGAAGUUACACAGUUAAAGAAUAGAAACGAAUGUUGAACUAUAAUCAAACUUCACAAAAAAUCUCUUUAACAAUUUGUGGCAUGUGCAAUAUUGAUUCAAAGCCGAGACGGAAUACAAUUGAUUUACAACUCGGCUACGUUUAUAGGCUGAAUUUUUGUUUUCUGAACAUUCGAUCAAAACUACCAUGCGCACUAUUACGCAUUUUUUCUAUUUUGACGAGAGAGAGAGGAAAAACAAAAACAAAAAAAAAAACAAGCGUAUUUCAAGACUGGUUUGACACAGGCAACCCAGUAAUUAGAAAAUCAGACAAACCCAAACAUAUGGUAGCAAGUGUAUUUGCCCAACUAAUCAAAUUCAUCAAUAUGUCGUACUGUUCGUAUUGCCAUAAAAAUACAAACACAGCCGUUUUUAAGGUGUAUUUUCCUUUAAUUACGCGUUUAUUGUUUUCCU